CUUUCAGGAGGAUCUGAGGAAACGGCGGGAGGCGCGCGCACAGUUUUAGCUGCACCUCGUUUGUGGCGGGAGUCAAAACGCAACCUUCACGGGGCUUUAAACGGGUUUGUCCUAACGGCUGUAACGGUCGGGGGUACGUCAGAAGUAUGGAGAGGACUACUUUAUCAAAUACGGGAUUCCAUAACUGCAUCGGAAUUUUCCUCCUCACCACGUUGAGCGUUUUAACUUCAGUUUUAUCAGCAAACAACUAUAACUGUGAAGAACCACUGGUGGCAUCUCUACCCCCUACUUCCUUCCAGAGCUCAUCAAGAUCCUCUGACAAAGGGUCACCACACUUCGCUAAACUUAACAGAAAAGAUGGUGUUGGAGGAUGGUCUCCGAAUGGAGAAGACCACCAACCCUGGCUGCAGCUGGACCUACGGGACAGGUUAAAGGUCACGGCCAUUGCCACCCAGGGUCGCUGGGGAAGUUCUGAUUGGGUCUCUCACUACCAACUACAGUACAGUGACUCAGGUCGGACCUGGAGGCCAUAUAGACAAGAAGACGUGAUAUGGACAUUCACAGGGAACACUGAUGCAGACACAGUGGUCCAACACAAACUCCCUCACUCAAUCAGGACUCGAUAUUUGAGGCUUCUACCCCUCGAGAAAAGCCCCAAAGGAGGAACAGGUCUACGUCUGGAGGUCUAUGGUUGCACAUACAAGUCUGACGUAGCCGACUUUGAUGGUCGCAGUGCCUUGCUUUACCGGUUCAACCAAAAGUCCACCAGCACAGUAAAAGACGUGAUCUCCCUGAGAUUCAGGAGUCAUCAGGCAGAAGGGGUUUUGGUUCACGGAGAGGGCCAGAGAGGAGAUUUCCUCACUUUGGAACUUCAGAAAGGAAGACUAACUUUGCAUCUCAAUUUGGACAAUGCCAAACUCCAGCCUAGUGGUCGGACAACCUCUGUCAUGUUAGGGAGCCUACUGGACGACCACCACUGGCAUUCAGUUCAAAUUGAACGUUUUAACAAACAUGUCAACUUCACCGUGGACGGGCACACACAACACUUUCGCAGCAUGGGCCAAGAAGACACACUGGAGAUAGACUAUGAGCUCAGUUUUGGAGGAAUUCCUUUGCCUGGUAAGCCUGGGACAUUUCUGCAUGAAAAUUUCCAUGGCUGUAUAGAGAAUCUCAACUACAACGGCGUCAAUGUCAUCGACAUGGCCAAGAGACGGAAGCCACAGAUCUAUAUGGUGGGUAAUGUGACAUUCUCCUGCUCUGAAAGUUCCUCAGUCGCUGUGACGUUCCUCAGCUCUACGAGCAGCUUCCUUGCGCUCCCUGUGGAUUACGGAACAGAGGAUCUAUCCGUACGCCUCCAGUUCCGCACGUGGAACCAGGAUGGGCUGCUGUUCUCAGUCCAACUCUCUCAUGAUCCAGAUCUUAUUAACCUCCUUGUACAGCUCAGCCAGGCCCGGCUGCUCCUCGCCCUCUCUGGAGAAAAACUUCACUCUGCUCAGGUUUUCAGCGGUCAGAAUUUGAGUGAUGGACAGUGGCACUCCAUAGCCGUCGAGGUCAAAGGUCAGAAGCUGACUUUAACCGUCGACAACCAAAAGCCAGAGACUAUGGAAAUACGUGGCCUUAGCAAUAGCGUUCAAAAAACAACCAUUUACUUUGGAGGAUGUCCAGUAUCCCAGCCAAGUUUUGUUUGUGAGAACCCAAACAGAGGAUACCAGGGCUGCUUUCGUCUUCUUUUCAUCAACAAUCAUCUGGUCAGCUUUCUGCAAGUACAGCAGGGAAGCUUGGGCAACUUUAGUCAGAUUAGCUUCGAUGUUUGCAGCAUUCAAGACAGGUGUUUGCCCAAUCUUUGUGAGCAUGGUGGUCAGUGCAUCCAGUCUUGGGACCAAUUUUACUGUGACUGUUCUGGAACAGGAUACACAGGAGCCACCUGCCACAACCCAAUAUACGAGCGAUCCUGUCAGGCUUUCAGGAAAACAGGAAGCCAGUCGGGUCUGUUUACAAUCGACCUUGAUGGCAGCGGCCCACUCGAGCACACUCAAGUCAACUGCACAGUGGCAGAAGACAAAGUUUGGACGGUGGUGGGUCACGAUCACACGGGACCCAUAGACAUUCAAGGAUCCACUCCACGCAGCCCGUUCGUUCUCAUCUUCAACUACACCAUAUCACAGUAUCAUCUGCGCUCGCUUGUGACCUCCUCAGAACACUGCCAACAGGAAGUGAUAUAUCGCUGCAGGAAGUCACGGCUUUUUGACACCUGGGAUGGGACGCCUCUGUCUUGGUGGCUGGAUAGAGAUGGUGUGAAAAGGACAUAUUGGGGGGGAUUUUUGCCUGGGGUCCAGCAGUGUUCCUGUAGCUUGGAUGGCAACUGCAGAGACAUGAAUUAUUUCUGCAACUGUGAUGCAGACCAGGACACCUGGGCAAAUGAUACCGGCGUGCUGUCUUACAAAGACCAUUUACCCCUCAGUGAGAUCGCCAUUGGAGACACAAACAGGACAAGCUCGCAGGCCGUGCUCCAAAUUGGACCGCUGCGUUGCUAUGGCGACCGGUUUUUCUGGAACUCAGCAUCCUUUUACCAGGAAUCUUCAUAUUUGCACUUUCCUACUCUACAAGCUGAACUGAGCGUCGAUAUCUCGCUGUUCUUCAAAACCAGUGCUCUCUCAGGGGUCGUCUUGGAGAAUCUAGGAGUCAGAGACUUCAUUAGACUGGAACUUAGUUCUCCCUCCACAGUGAACUUCACCUUUGACUUGGGGGAUGGAGCUGUAAUUCUUACUGUUCGGUCACCUGUGGCCUUAAAUGACCGUCAGUGGCAUUAUGUUCGUGUCGAGCGAAACGUGAGGGAAGCUUCUCUACAGGUGGACUCGCUGCCCUUGGAGCUAAAUGAAGCACCGUCUCAGAGACCCUACCGACUUCAGCUCAGCAGUCAGCUCUUUGUUGGAGGAACAUCUUCUAGACAGAGGGGCUUUCUUGGUUGCUUACGUGCCCUCACCAUUAAUGGAGUAACUCUUGACCUUUAUGAGCGAGCAAAGACCACCCCCGGGGUAAAUUCAGGUUGUCCGGGUCACUGUAGCAGUGACAGCGUCUGCCAUAACGGAGGGAGAUGUGUCGAGGAGAGGAACAGGUACACGUGCGACUGCACGCAGACGGCCUUUGAUGGACCUCACUGCAGAACAGCUUUGGCAGCGUCCUUUGAAAGCGGAUCCUCAGUCCUGUUCACUCUCCAGGAGCCAUUUUCCGGAAUACUGAAUGAGGAAGCCAGACGAACUCUAGCCGGAUUCCAUGACGCAGAAGUUACCAAAUCUCAAGAGGAAGUGUCGUUCGGGUUCCUGACGAAUCACGCACCAGCGCUGAUCCUGACAGCUUACACUCUUGACCUGCACUAUAUGGCUGUUAUGCUAGCAUCAAACGGCAGCUUGCAGAUACGAUACUUGUUGAGCCAAGAAAAGCGAACUGAAGUGUUCAGCGCAAAAUCAGCCAAUCUAGCAGAUGGGAGAUUCCACUGGGUCAAAAUCAACCGAAAAGGACAGGAACUACUUGUUCAGAUUGACAACACAAUAACCCAGCAGUACAAUCUGUCUCCCAGUCCUGCUCUCAGCCCAGUAAGGACAGUGAUUUUGGGGAGAAUUCAAGGUGGUGAUUUUAUCGAUAAGGAAUUGGUCCAAGCUGGAUCGAGAGGAUUUAUUGGCUGCUUGUCUUCAGUGCAAUUUAAUCAGGCUUCCCCUCUGAAGGAAGCCCUACAAAACAGCCAAAGCCCGUUAGUUACUGUUAUCGGCCGUCUGGAGGCAUCGAGUUGCGGGACGAUAUCCAGCCCUAACACUAUAACCAAUACACACACGCUGUCCGAUGAUUCAGCAAAAUCAAACCGAGGCAAUGGCCCACUGAAGAAAGAAGAACAAAAUGACUUGGCCCUAAUCGGAGGGCUAGUGGCUGCAGUGGUGUUCAUCACACUCUGCGCAUUGGCGAUAAUCAUCCGCUACCUAUACCGACACAGACGGACUUCAGUACCCUCCGGAAUGACGGGAAAGACACAUCGCCCCAGUAUGGAGCGUCCACCAUACCGGACUGAACUGGACCUUCAUAAACCCCACCACGACAGCAAAGAAUACUACAUAUGACCUCUCCGUGUGUACGUGCAAAAACACACAAAGACUCUUCUGCACUGUAUCAUCACCACAGGCUGAGCAGCCAAUCAGAAAGCCUGUUUUAUUCCAGCUGUGGAUGGCGCAACCUGACAGCGGCCAGUUGCUUAACAGAGAUUACUUUCAUAGGUGGGGUACAUGAAAUUACAAGAGACAUUUGUUUUGUUUGUGUUCUACCAUGAAAGUAAUGCUUAUGUUGUGUAAAAGCCUCUUGGAUGCUCAGAGAGCUGUAUAUUGUUAUUUAAAGGCAUAAUAGUAGGUUAAACAUGCACAACACAUACUUUCAAAGCAAACAGCACGGCGGGAGGGUUGGCGCAUCACUCUGAAAGGUCUUAAACCCAGCCUGCUCAAACCUGUCCAUCUCAUAGCACCGGAAUAUAGAGGGGGUUUAAGCUAAUGGACUGAAACCCCAGCGGAGAGGGUUCAGAAGGAGUGGUUUUGUGGCAGGAUGGUGGACCUUCCCAGACAUUGUUUUUAAAAGAUCGAUCGUCGCUCAAUGUGCCCCCCACCCCCCGACACAGAAAAGAUUAAAGACGUUCGCAUUUGACAAGACUGUAUUUGAUGUUGAAACUAUCGACUGGUGCGAGGAGCCACUAAAGGCCGGGAUUAGUCACCAAAGGACUAUAAGAAUUUAUCAGUAGCGACUGAGGAAUGGAAUAUGAGUCAUUUGUGUGUAUCCCCUAUUCCCAAAGGCAAGACAGAUUCAGGCUAUUUAAUUCUCUUUCCCGCCACAAUCGAGCCGGUCUCGCAACUGAGCGUACGCGUUGUGUCCCCGGAACGAAUUUCCUCCUUAUUGAAGUGCGUUAAAUCUCCUGACAAAAAACAACACUUGCUUUCUAUCGAGAAUGAAUUCUAUGGCUGUUUUUUCUAAAUGACUGUUGUAAAUGAGUGUUGUACAUAAACAUUUCAUAAUUAUAUUUAAUAAAAGGAGCUUUCUAUGA